GCGGAGGAAGAAGAGGAGGAGGAGAAAGACAUGGCCUCCACUAUCCUGGAAAGCAUCUUCCUGAAGCGCUCACAGCAGAAGAAGAAAACUUCUCCUCUCAACUUCAAGAAGCGUCUCUUCCUCCUGACGGAAAGCAAGCUCUCCUACUACGAGUAUGACUUUGAGCGUGGGCGACGAGGCAGUAAGAAGGGGUCUGUGGACAUUGAGAAAAUCACCUGUGUGGAGACGGUGGUUCCAGAGAAUAAUCCUCCCCAGGAGCGGCAGGUGCCGAGAAAGGGGGAGGAUUACAAUGAGAUGGAGCAGAUCUCGAUCAUAGAGCGGUUCCCAUACCCCUUCCAGGUGGUGUAUGAUGAAGGACCCCUCUACGUCUUCUCCCCGACAGAGGAGUUACGCAAACGCUGGAUUCACCAGCUGAAGAACGUGAUCCGUUACAACAAUGACCUGGUGCAGAAAUACCACCCCUGCUUCUGGAUUGACGGCCAGUACCUAUGCUGCUCUCAGACAGCCAAAAACGCAAUGGGUUGCCAGGUCCUGGAGAGCAGGAAUGGAAGUUUAAAGACCGGGUCUCAUCGCAAGACAAAGAAGCCUCUUCCCCCGACCCCUGAGGAGGAUCAGAUGAUGAUGAAGCCAUUGCCUCCCGAGCCAUCUUCCAGCACUGCGAGUGAGCUGAAGAGGGUGGUGGCACUGUACGACUACCAGCCGAUGAACGCCCAGGACUUGCAGCUGCAGAAGGGAGAGGAGUACUUCGUCCUGGAGGAGAGCAACCUGCCCUGGUGGAGAGCUCGGGACAAGAAUGGGAGGCAAGGUUACAUUCCCAAUAACUACGUCACCGAAGCCAAGAAUUCCCUGGAGAUUUUUGAGUGGUAUUCAAAAAACAUAACCCGGAGCCAAGCCGAGCAACUGUUGAAGCAAGAGGGGAAAGAAGGAGGCUACAUUGUCCGAGAUUCCACCAGCAAGACAGGAAAAUACACAGUCUCUGUGUUUGCCAAGUCCUCCGGGGACCUGCAAGGAGUCAUCCGCCAUUACGUGGUGUGCUCCACGCCUCAGAAUCAGUAUUACCUGGCAGAAAAGCACCUCUUCAACACCAUCCCGGAGCUCAUCAUGUACCAUCAGCACAACUCUGCUGGGCUCAUCUCCAGACUGAAAUACCCUGUGUCUCAACAACGAAAGAAUGCCCCCUCCACAGCAGGACUGGGCUAUGGGUCGUGGGAGAUUGACCCGAAAGACCUGACUUUCCUGAAGGAGCUGGGUACUGGGCAGUUUGGAGUGGUGAAGCAUGGGAAAUGGAGAGGCCAGUUUGAUGUGGCCAUCAAGAUGAUCAGAGAGGGCUCCAUGUCAGAGGAUGAGUUCAUUGAGGAAGCCAAAGUCAUGAUGAACUUGUCACACGAGAAGCUGGUGCAACUGUAUGGUGUCUGCACCAAGCAGCGCCCCAUCUUUAUUAUCACUGAGUACAUGGCCAAGGGCUGCCUCCUGAGCUACCUACGGGAAACCCGGGGGCGGUUCCAGCCUUCUGAGCUGCUGGAGAUGUGCAAGGACGUCUGUGAGGCCAUGGAGUACUUGGAAUCCAAGCAGUUCCUGCACCGAGACCUGGCUGCUCGCAACUGUUUGGUGAAUGACCAAGGAAUUGUGAAAGUAUCCGAUUUUGGCCUUUCCAGGUAUGUCCUAGAUGAUGAAUAUACAAGCUCCAUGGGGUCCAAAUUUCCAGUCCGGUGGUCUCCCCCAGAGGUCCUUCUGUACAGCAAGUUCAGCAGCAAGUCUGACGUCUGGGCUUUUGGGGUUCUGAUGUGGGAGGUUUACUCCCUGGGAAAGAUGCCCUAUGAGAGGUUUAACAACAGUGAGACAACAGAACACGUAACCCAAGGACUGCGUCUCUAUCGGCCUCAGCUGGCCUCAGAGAGAAUCUAUGCCAUCAUGUACAGCUGCUGGCAUGAGAAAGCAGAUGAGCGACCGACCUUCAGAGUCCUUUUGGGAAAUAUCCUCGAGAUAACAGAUGAUGAACCCUGAACUGCUACUUAACCAAGCUGUCAUUUAUUACUGUUUAUUUUUGCCAUUUAAUCUUUUUUGUGACUAACAAACCUGCCCUAACAGGCACUGGAAGAGUCCU